AUGGCGAUUUGGUCGGACUGCUGCACAUUCAUUAUCUCACUUUCAGUGCUCACGUACUUUGUCCCGACAAGCUACUGCACGGUCGUUUUCUACGAUCACGAGCUGACCAACGAUUCUUCACCAUGCGAUCGCCACUGUCAGCUACUGGAUGCGGUUGAUACGGCGCUGCUCGAAGGAUUUCGCUUGUAUCAUCCGGUGAUGUGGAUUUCUGCGGAACUUGAUUCAGCGGAACAAGAUAUAAGAGAUGCCGUCGAGUACGGCUGUCAGUCGUACAUUGUGGUAUCGCAACAGGUGAUGCAAUUCUUCGAUUUGAAGCUUGUCAUAAAGGAAACGACUCUGCAACGAAUGCGGGACAGGAACUUCCUGAUUCUGGAUGUCACGGAGAACCUAUUUGAUGCCGACAGCUGGACCACUAAGGAAGCCUUCAAAUUCUAUCCCAACCUCUGGCUUCUGAGUCCUCGUGAGAACGGAUCGCACGAGUUCUACACCCAAGACUACUCCAACAGCUACGUAAACGAGCUGCAGCUGGCCACAACCUGGAACAGCUCUUCGGCGCACUCUGCCCUCGCGGACAUCCUGUUUCACGACAAACUGUACGAUCUUCAGGGAAGAACCAUUCCCAUGGGCGUUGCCGAGUACGCUCCGUACUGCAUGACUACAAACGUGGGAGCUGGAAAUGGGAAUGCUGAUGCGUUCAACUCCACAGCUCCGAAGGAGCUGUACGUCGAGGGUUUGGAAGGAAGUCAGAUCGUGGAGUUCUGCCACAAUCGCAACUGCAACAUCAAGUUGUGGCCUUAUGGUCCAAGCGAUUGGGGUGACAUCUUCGAAAAUGGUUCCGGCUACGGUGAGAUCUACUCAACGUACAUGAAGGAAACGGAGUUUGCGACGUGCUGCUUGUACUACAACUGGUAUCUUCACCUGCUGGACGGAAGUCAGUACGUUGCCAAGUCCACGAUCACUGUACUGGUUCCGGGUGCCAAAGUGUUGCCCACCUCGCUGACCCUCAUCUAUCCCUUCGAAAAUACUCUGUGGAUGGCGAUUGUCUUCAUGCUGGUUCUGAUGACAGCUGUGCACCACAUGAUCACAGCGCUGGAUCCCAACUCACCUCAACCACCGUUCGACAAGUCCAUCUUCGACAUCAUCUCCAUCUAUCUCGAUCAAGGAGUGUUCCCAAACUCCCACUCCUCUGCGUACCGCUUCCUGGUGUCCUUCAUCCUGCUGUCCGGCGUUGUGCUGAGCAACUCGUACACCAGCGGCUUCGCCAGCGUCCUCACAAUUCCGCGCUACGGCAAGUCGAUCGAAACGAUCCACGACUUUGUGCAGACUCCGUACCGCUGGGGUGCUCCGGCCAUCGCUUGGGUUCUGUCACUAUUUGGAGCGGAUUCGCACGACAUUCAAACCGUGGUCAGGAAGUUCGACAUGACCCCGGACGAGGAGCAGCUGUACCGACGUUCACUAAGCGGAACCUACGGACUGGGGGUGGAACUGCUCAACGGGGGGAACUUCGCGUUUGGGUCGUUCAUACGGGAGGACAACGUGCGCACGUUUGAGAUCCUCAAGCAGGAGUUGUACUACACGUAUACGAUCGGGUACGCCCAGCGGGGUUGGCCGCUGAUGGAGUACUACAACAAGUUUAAUUUGGAAUCGAUCCAGCACGGGUUCCUGAUCUACUGGGAAGGUCGUACGGCGAGGAAGUGGUUGAACAAUCGCAUCCAGCAAGCGCUGAUGGAGAUUUCCGCUGGGCGUAACGAGGGCGAGGAGCUGGCCCCACUGACGGUACAGUACAUUGUGGGUCCGCUGUGGGUGCUUGCUUUUGGAUUGUCGGCAGCGUUUGGCAUGUUUGUCUGCGAAAUUGGCUGGAAGAAGCUGACGGGUUUGUGGAGGAAGAUUACGUUGAAGCGGGCAAAUAGAAGACUGUUUGAUUUUGUGUCAUAACCAGUACGUAACAUUUAUUUGCUGAAA